CGACCCAAAUUACAGAAAAGCCCCUCCAUUUCUCGCCGAAUUACCACCCCGUCCUCUUCUCCGUCCAUGGUGGUCAGGCACCGGCGCGGCCACCGCCACGACGAGCACCACUACCACCACCACCGCCUCUAAUGGCGCAGUACAGGCAGUCUGGCGGCUUCUUCGAUUCGCGACUCGGCGGCGGCGGCAGCGCGCACCACCACGCGCUCCCGGAGUACCACCGCGCCCACCCCGCCAAGCCCUCCCGGAUCCGCCGCCCCGGGAAGCCCGCGCGCCGCCGCUCCCCCGCCGCCGCCGCGGCUGUCGCCUCCGCGCUCCUGCUCGCCGGCGUGUUCCUCCUCGCGCGCCGCCUCUCCCGGCAACCCGCAGAGAUCAGCCAAGAUUUGGGCGGCGGGGAGGGGUUACCGGAGUGGAACCGGAGUAAGAACUGGAAGGAGCUCAAGUUCGGCCAUGGCGGGGGCGGCCGGAGCGCGCAGGAUUCGAGGUACUGGGACCGGGACGAUCGGAGGCGGGAUGAGGACUACUCGGAGGACGAGAAGGAGAAGAUCUCGGGUACAAGUGGAAAUGCCGGCGAUGCUGGUGUCAGUGACAAAGGUGCUGUGACCUCUGAUCCUGUUGUUGAAGAGAAAGGGUUGCCCCUGGAUGCCGGUGGUGCCGAGAAGGAGGCUACUGAGGUAGCUGAAGGUGGGAAAGGAGGGACCUUGUACAAUGAGGGGGGCAGGAAAGAGCUCGAGCAGUAUGAGGCGGAUGCUAUGGGAGCUGCGGGCACUGGGAUCAGGGAGGUUGAUCCAGAUGAUGAGUAUGAUGAUGGCAUCGACGCACAGGACGAUCUUGAUGAUUCUCAGUUGCAUUCAUCUGAUGGCGGGAGGAAGCUUGGUGACAGUAGUCAUGAGAGCACCGAGAGUAAGGAAAACAUUGCUCACGAUAGCACUGACAUUAAGGAAAAGAUCGCCUCAGAGAGACACACGGAAACAAGUGGGGGUCAUAGUGAUGGUGGGGAUGUUAGUGAUGCUGCUGAUGUGAACCAAAAGAAGGUUUCGGGGACUGGUGAUAAAAAACAUGCAUCAAAGAAGAAAUCAAAGCGUAAGAAGCCCGGUUCAACUUGUGAAAUGAGGUUUCUGAACUCCACUGCUCAACUCGUGGAGCCUGCUAAAAAUGAUAAAUUCGCUAGUUUUAAUUUGGAAUAUGUGGGAGUUGAAGAAAAACCUCUUGGCUCAGAGUUUUGGGAGCCAAGAUUUGCUGGCCAUCAGAGUCUGCAAGAAAGAGAGGAAUCAUACUUAGCUCAUGACCAACAAUUAAAAUGUGCUUUUGUUAAGGGCCCCAAUGGUACAAGCACUGGUUUUGAUAUAUCGGAGGAAAACAGAAAAUACAUGAGCAAAUGCCACAUUGCUGUAUCUUCCUGCAUCUUUGGAAAUUCUGAUCGUCUGAGGACGCCGUUUGGGAAAACAAUCACCAGUCUAUCAAAGAAGACAGUAUGCUUUGCUAUGUUUUUGGAUGAAAUCACAUUGCAAACUUUGGAGUCUGAAGGCCAAAAAAUGGAUAGUUCAGGUUUCAUUGGCAUAUGGAAGAUCAUACUGAUUAAGAAUAUGCCUUAUAAUGACAUGCGGAGAGUCGGCAAAAUACCAAAAUUCCUGGCACAUCGUCUUUUCCCAUCAUCAAGGUUCUCAAUCUGGUUGGACAGCAAAUUGCGAUUACAAAAUGAUCCUAUCCUUAUCCUAGAAUAUUUCCUUUGGCGGCAUGGUUAUGAAUAUGCUAUUUCCAAUCAUUAUGAUCGGCACUGUGUUUGGGAGGAAGUUGCACAGAACAAAAAACUGAACAAGUUCAACCAUACAAUAAUUGAUCAGCAGUUUGAGUUUUACCAAGCAGAUGGACUGACAAAGUUCAAUCCGUUGGAUCCCAACAAGCUGCUACCAAGCUAUGUCCCUGAAGGUUCUUUCAUUGUGAGGGAACACACACCAAUGUCCAACUUAUUUUCAUGCCUAUGGUUCAAUGAGGUUGAUCGAUUCACACCCCGUGAUCAGCUCAGCUUUGCAUACACAUAUUUGAAGCUUAGAAGAACGAAUCCAGAGAAGCCAUUUCGCCUCAAUAUGUUUAAGGAUUGUGAGAGGCGAUCAAUUGCAAAGCUAUUCCAUCAUCGAUCAGAAGAGAGACGCAGCAGUCCGCAACUAACAAGAUGACAGAUUCUUUCGCAGAAUGGGUGGUGCAAGGAAGUUUUAGGAUUUUACCUUGAAUAGCACAGGAUGACUAUUCAGUGUCAAGAUUUAUGCUCCUGCCGAGGAAUUUAAGCGUAAUAUAAGGUCGCAAGCGAUUUUACUCCUGUACUCUAUGAUCCUCCAGGCCAGUUCCUGCCGCCUUUCUGUUUUACGCUUGACAAAGGUGGAUCAGGGAACGAUUGGUAAAGUUUUGGUCGUUCUUUUGGGGUGAUCUAGGACAAGUUGUGGGGGCAUGAACCCCCAGAACUAGCUAGCACUGUGUAUUAUCAUAUGGUUGUCAAAUGAACUACGAAGUGAAGACAUGAUUCAAUGUAAUCCUCAAUGGUCUUACUGAAAUGUAAUACUACAACAGGCAACAACCCUCUAUAAUUUCCCUGAUAGCAAAUUAGCAAAUUUUUUUGCCA